ACGGAAUUAAUUGCUAUGGAAAUGAGACGCUAGGUUCUCGGAAUGGGCCUGCACUAGGAUAUUUGUUCCUAACUAAACUGCUACAGAUUUCGGUCGAUUGUUUCAAUACGUUUGCAUUUCAUAUUUUCUCCAUCGUGUGGAAUACCAGUAGCUCUUAUUCAGUUAUCAAAGAGGCAGCAAGAUCAAGACGAACAUGUCAUAAAAUGAAGAUAGUAUACCGCAGUCCCAUACACUGAUUUACACAGAUAGCGGUAAUAAAGUUGAAAGAGGAAUAUGUCUACAACUCAUAAAUUCAGCAUUCGCACACCAUAUCCGAUCUCACAAAACCAGUUGAGCAACAAUGGCACCUACCUGGCUGUUCCAUUCACUAAAUCUUCCAUUGGGGUUUGGAGUCUGCAAAGCUGGCAGUCAAAGCCCUUGGAGCUGGUAGCUCACAAAAGACGAGUGUCUGCUAUUGCAUUUGGCUUCAGACACAACCCCACUCUCCUCUGCACUGCUGGAUCAGAUUACAUCAUAGUGUGGAAUAUUGAGAAGUCAAGGGAAACCCAUGAUACAGGUCAUCAAAUAAGAGGUACCAUCAUAGGCACCAACUAUGAAGAACCACAGUAUGUAAGCUUUAAUCCAGAUGAUAAUCUGUUGGCUGUGUGUGUGGAGAAUGAGGUUCUCAUUCUAGAUGCUCAGAAAGAGAGGCUUGAUACAAGGCUAGAAGGUCACACUGCUCUGGUGACCUGUGCUGAGUUUUGUCCCCAUUCACCGGACACUGUGGUUUCUGCUUCUGAAGAUAGAACAUUCAAAGUAUGGGACAUUGCAACGCAGUGCCUCAUCUACCAAUCCAGUAUAAUAUCAGCUUCUCCAUUUAUUUCUCUCACCAUUGACCCUUACUGCCAGUGUGUAGCAUUGGGAACUACAGAUGGUCAGGUCAGGAUAUAUGACUUAUCAGAAGGAAAGGGAUUCAGAUGUCUCCACCAUGUUGAUAUAGCAAAACAUAUUAGACAACAGAAUAGACUCAAGGCAGAACAAAAGACUUCAACUACAUCACAAGGUCCCGCUACUAUCAGUAGCAAACCAUCAUGGAAGAAACAAGAUACAGACCAUUCCCUGAUCGAUGGUGAAGAUGAUGACGAUUCAGUGGAGUGUGGGGAGAGCAUCCUUAAUCUCGGGUUCUCCAGCCCAAAAACGGCGCCAAAGGCUGGAACAAAAGAAAAGGGUGAUCAUUCUAAUGUUCCUGCAUUCCUCUUACCAGACACCUCUCUUGUAGAAGAACUCAGUGAUAGUACGUCUCAUCUAAUGAUAGGAACACCAGGUGCCUUAAUCCAACUCAAUGCUGCUAGCUGUAUGGUAGAACAGUAUGUUGAUUUCCAAGGACCAGUGCAAUCAGAGGAAAACAUAGAUCAGGAGGAUGUAGUUUUAGGAGUAGCAGGGAAUUAUUCAUUUUCAUCAAGUCUUCAGCCAUCUCAGGUAACAUGUCUGAUUGGUAGUCUCUUCCACAACUCUGUACAUACCCUGACAAUCAGAUGUGAUGUCAGUAGGAAACCAGAAUCAGACCCAGUCAACAAGCUCUCUCAGAUGAUGGGUAAAUCCUUGGAUAUCAAUGCUACAGAGUCAGAUGGAAGCAGCGCUAAAGUCUCUGUUGUUCCCAAUGUACCCCUUGCUGAGAAAUCAUUCCUGCGUUCCGAGCUAGUGCCCAAGUCAAGCAAACAGACAGCUGCUGGGUCUACAACUAAGAGAUCUAAAUCAGCUGGAACCAAGAAUACAAAGACCAAAGAUCAGCCUUUGACCUUCAAGACUAAAGUGCGUUCAUCAGGGUACACAGAAAUUUCUAGGACCAAGAUGUUUACUCCCCAAACUAAGCAGACAUCCACUAAGAAGGCAAGCAGCUCAAUGCAGAAAUCCUCCUCUGCUCCAGGAAUGAGGUCAUUAUUAAAAGAGUAUCCCAAUGAUUCUGAGCCCCCUGAGACUCUGAAAACCAAGCUGGUCUUGAGUGAACGAGGAUCUCCAAUCAAUGCAAUCAGUUUCUCUGAUGAUGGUCAGAGUCUAGCCUGUGCAAUGGCGGACAAAUCAGCUCAGAUUCUGAAGAUGCCCCUUACUGGCAAAGGAACUGCAUUCUCAGGUCAUAACGGUGUAUUAAACAGUGCAAGAUGGAGUCAUGAUAACCAAUGGUUAUUAACUACAUCAGAUGAUAAGACAGCUCGGGUAUGGACCAGAGGGCUGGCGGAUCCUGUCAUGACCUUUGACCGGGUCAAUAACAACUUUGGUUCAGACAAAGAGAAACCCACCAUUGGUGACAAAAGCAAUCCACUCUUUGAAAGAGAAAUCAAGCUUGGUCAGUUCUAUUAUGUGGAUCGGUUUGUAUUGUUGAUGUCUUCUAGUUCACUCUUCAUGUAUAAAUAUCAUCUGGAUACCAAGGUGGAUGACAUUAAAAGGUAUCAAACUAAUUCCCGCUACAAGCUUGUGAAGCAGUUCCAGCUGGGAAAAGCCCAGCAGAUCACUGCCAUGUCAGCUAUAAAUACCUUCAAUUCUUACAUUGUAUUGUGUGCUGGUUCUGAUAAAUCAAUUGAAGCCUUGGAUAUGAAUGUAGGAAUGACUGCUACACAUAUCCCUGAUGUUCAGAGUAGAGCUGUACAUGUGAUAGCACAGAAUCAGGGGUCAAUAUAUGCCAGUCAUCAAUCCAGUAGCUAUGAUCUCUUUGCAACAUCCGCAGUCACAGAUGGAAUCAAAGUAUGGGAUCUAAGGUCAAAUAAAUGUGUGAAGCACUUAGAGGGUCAUCUUAACAGAGCCCAUCAUUGUGGAUUAUGCUUUAGUCCAUGUGGAAAGUACAUCGCUACAGGAGCUGAAGAUAGAUCUGCUUAUGUAUAUGACUUGAGAGGUGGGACUUACUUGAGGAAGCUGUCAGGUCACACAGAGGUUGUAUCAGAUGUGACCUUUCACCCCCUCUACCCUGAGAUUGUCACAGCAACGUUAGACGGCAAACUCCGGCUUUACAGUGACAGAUGACAGUGAACAGGACCCAAAAGGGUGUCGAGGGGGGGGGGUGGAGAGAAGAGAGAGAAAGAGAGAGAUUUAAAGGGGAAUAGUGAAAGAGGGAGAGAUGAUUAGUUAGAGAUAGAAAGGCCUCACUUUCAUUAAGCAGUAACAAGUGUAUUUUUUUGUAUCUAUGACAAAAUAUGGUAUCAGCCAAUCAAAUAUCACAGUGUUAUGACUGAUUCAAAGGUACAGAGUGUGGAUAAUUACACUAUUGCCCCUACAAAGGGAUGUGUAGGAUUAGUGAUACACUUCUUCAAAUGCAUUAGUAUACAAAUAGUGAAUGGGCAUGAGUGCGAUGGUGCAAGAUUCCACACGAGGUGAAAGAAAGAUGCUCUAUUCAACGAGGUUAGCCUCGUUGAAUAAAGCGUUCUUUCUUUCACUGAAUGCGAAAUCUCGUACCAUUGCACGAAUAAGAAUAUUCGCUAUUUGUGUUUUACAACACCUCGGAAUCUAGCGAAAAUAUGAAAAAAACAAGAGUUUUUCCCUGCAGUAAUCUAUGAAAAGGGAGCAAAAACAAUGAAAGCGAAAAGCAAAAUAGCACAAGCUGGGUCCACAAGCGCAUUAUUAUACUUGGACAGCAUUGCGCAUUUAGCCAGCAGGCGGUACGCGCAUUGUCACCUUAUUCAAUCAAUGAAAUCGCAUU